AUGUAUCCUUUCGCUACUUUCACUUCUCUCCUCGCCAUUGCUGGCGCUGUCAGUGCUACUCUUGAGCCUGCAAAGAGCAACACCAAGGGCCAAUACCCCAAGAGCCCAGCAUGCUCCCCUUCCAAGACCUCCAACGCCAUCCAGGCCGCGGAGUGCGCCUACAACACACGUGUCUCUGGCAAGCAGACCUUUGCUAUUUUCAAAGUUGAUCACCAGUAUAACCAAAACAACGGUGCUCCCUACGGCACCUGUGAGGCUUAUGAGUGUGAUGCUCCUGCUACUGGAGACAUGACUGCCGAUGAGGACUACUGGACUUUCUUCUGGAACAACAAUGGCGAGUCUUCUGGUGUUGGUACUACUUGCAUCAAGGAUCCCAACGAUGGCACUUGCGGUUGCGAGAACUCAGAUGGUACUUUUAUUCCUGGUGGAAAGAACUGUGUUUAA